AUGGCGACAGUGGCAGAAAAUUCUGUGAUCAAAGUUGCAGCUCUCAGUCCAAAAUGGCGACAGUGGCAGAAAAUUCUGCACAUUGCCAAGAAACAAUCUUUUAACCUGGAAGUGCCGGUAACUAAACCUUACAUUAUUCCACAGACACCACAAGUUAUAAUGCAUGCACAGGUGCAAAUGACUCUGUUUUCUUUCUGGUAUCGUGAAGCUCAAGGGUUCAUGAACAGCUAUGGUGGGGUCUUUGUGCCUUCAGCUGUUCAGAAGACUACCUUGAUUUCAGAUCACAGUUCCUGUAAUGUUGUUCUAUUGAGAAAGCUUGAAGUUACAUUGCAGGAUCAAGAUGAAGCUUGGAUAACAUCUAUUGACUUGAAGAAUCUGUAUGGCUUUCCUAUGGGUUCCAAGGCCAGUAGGUUAAUUUCUCUAGUUUCCUGCUCAUCUGACGCUCACUGGUUAUAAGAAGCAUGUGAUCUGGAUCCAGUUCCAGUCCUGACAAAGAUCCCACUCUCCUUAGCUAGAGCACAUAUGCCUGUUCCUACCUCUAUGAUUCUAAGGAUGAUUCUAGAGAGGGAGAAUAUGCCCCCGUUGCAUAUAUUAUGGUCAGUGGUUUCACAUACGGUGAAGAUGGAGAUCGGGACAUGUCUGGCGUCAAAUUUCUUGGUUCAAUGUGAUGGUUUUCUACCUCUAAGUUCUAAAAGAAGCGUUCAUGCUAAAGUGGUAAAACCUGAUGCAAUGGCAUUCAAUCUAGUUCUCGAUGCUUGUGUGAGGUUCAAAUCAUCUCUGAAAGGCCAAGAAAUAGUUGAUUUGAUGUCACAAACAGGUGUUAUUGCUAAUGCACACUCGCCAUUAUUGUUGUAGAUCCAUGAAAUGAAUGGGCAGAGGGUUGGGAUCAAGAAAUUGAAGGAUAAAGUCGAUAGAUUUGAUGACAUUGACUCAGCUGCAGAGCUCAUUUUAGAUACGCAUAAACGAGAGCUUGUAAUAUUUUGGAGUGGAAAACUUCUCCGUAGUAACAGAGCCCUGGCAAAGCUUGUCAAUAGAUACAGAAGAGUCGGGAGAACUUCUGAGCUUUCAAAGCUUCUACUUUGCAUUCAACAGGACUUUCAGGCACUCAGCCAGUCCAGUUUAUGUUCUGAUGUUAUUGAUUCUUGCAUUCAUUUAGGUUGGCUGGAAAUGGCUCAUGACAUCUUGAACGGCAUGGAUGCAGCUGGGGAUCUCAGAGGCUUUACCCCACAUAUUGUUACUGAGAUUUUGACAGUAGCUUCUAGACAUGUUACUCUUCAUUCUAGACAGUUGGAUCGAAAAUUGGUGUUGUGGAAGCUGACCGUUUUGACAGUAAAUAAGGCUGUCAGUAUUCAGAGAGAUGCUCAAAGAAGCCAAGGCACUGCUAUGAUAAAUGAGGAAGGCUGUUCGAGAAAUGAGAGAGGAAGAGAAGGCUAUUCCUUCCGGGGCAUCAAGAGCAACACUGGUAGCAAGGACUUAGAGGAAAGUAGGGAUCUCUGUGAGGUUUUUCCACUGGAUUUUAUCCGAGGAGCUUAUUUUGAGAGAGCAAUGGAGGUCAGUGGUUAUAUGAAAGAGUGUAAUAUGUAUCGUGACAAGCGGAUGUAUUAAGAUGACUUCUUGAAGCUUCAUAAGAAUCUAUGUUGGAGUUUAAAAGCACCGGAGGCAAGCACUGAGGCUCAAAGAAAGAGCCUUAAGUGUGUCAAGGCAUUCAGGAAGUGGGUUGGAAUUGGUUGA